UAAUCGGAAGCUAACUCAUUUGAUUUAGUGUGUUGAGGUUGACGCGGACUCCAGCCGCUAAAAGUAAACAGGUUAACAUUAGUUAACACUGUGUAGUCGAGGACUUUCUGUGUCUGUUCACCUGAUUCGUCUUUGAAACUAGACUUUUUCGACACUGUUAAUGCCCCUUUAGCUCUAACUAAGCCGUUCGUUUAGUUUCGUCACCGGAAACAAAAGCUGUUCGACGCGGCGCGGUCCAAUAUGGAGGACAUGUAUAUCAAACCCGGUAACCAGGAGCGGGGCUGGAACGACCCCCCUCAGUUCUCCUACGGCCUUCAGAUGGCCCGUGGGCCAAAGAGGAGCCUCCUAAACAAGAGAGCGGCUCCACCAGUCUCAGAUGUUGAAGCCCCAUCCUUAAUCCCACCCUCUUCUGACCCUCUGGCCCCUCCCCCACGCGGUGUAGCCCCACCACCUCCUCCUGCAGACCGCCCUCCACCUGGAUCCAUGGCUAUGCUCCCUCCAACUUUGGGACCAAUGGAAAGCUCCAGAGGUUCCAACAGCAGCCAAUCAGAGACUGAGCCUUAUGUGGAGGAUGUAAUGAUGAUCCUGGACCAAGCUUUGGCAGCCUGCAGACAGACCGUUAGAGACCAGAUUUGUAAUGAUGUGUCAAAGAGACUCCGCCUCUUGGAGGUCAGUUGGAUUACGGGUAAACUCAGUCUGCCAGUCAGGAGACGUAUGGACACUCUGGCUCGAGAGCUGCAGUCGGGUCACUGGGAUUCUGCUGAUGAGAUCCAUCGCUCUCUAAUGGUUGAUCAUGUGACUGAAGUCAGCCAAUGGAUGGGAUGGAGAGGAGGCUUGAAAAGACUAAACCAGGCAGAAAAGAUGAGCGAUGGACGCACAGGCCUAAAAAUAGAGAGGUCCCUUCCGGAGGCCACGGGUAGCUCAGACUAAGGCCACAAGGAACCAGAACUGAGACGAAGCAUUGUUUCAUUGGGUAAGAACAGUGACAAAGAGAACAUGAAUAAUUCUGACCAAGAGAAUCAACACUGACAAUUUGGAAGAUGCAGUGAGUUUAUGGCAUCAAACAUUUCUGGAUCCAAACUGCAGCAGCAUGUCUCAAUUACCUACUGCUGUUUAUUGCCUGCAGAAUGGCCAGGUCCACUGUCUCAGGGCCUGUUACAAAUCACCACGUCCCGGUUGGGUUAGGUGCAGAACCUACAUCUAAAGGUUCCCCUAGCCCAGCAUACUGCAGGUCCAGCAUCAGUGGUGGGGGAUCCAUGGAGCGACUCUGCUCCCAUCUCUCCAUCUGUUCUUUUUAAAAUUUGAUUCAUCUCACUGUUCACAAUCUGUACGAGUAAUAUUCAUGUUCGGUGGUGGUGAACAAACACUGUAGGACUAGUAAAUUAGGACAAUAAAUUCUAUAUGCGAUAACAGUAUUAUACAGUAUUAAUAGUAGUGGUGAGGUAUCUGUGGCAGGAAGGAUUUUUUUUUUACUGUUGUUACCUUCUGCUCGUCCUUCCUGUUUGUUUGUUUUUUUGCAGUUUUAGUC